AUGCAACGUACACAAUCAUCAUUAACGGAUAUAUUAUGGUCAUCUCAUAAAGAUUUUUACGGUUAUGUGGUAGAUGGUAAUCUAUAUAAUUUUGAAAUUGAUUGGGUAUCGUCAAAUGAUAAUGAUUAUUUUAAUGAUAGAAUAAAAAAUUAUAUUAAAGAUUAUUUGAAUGAACUUUCAUCACUUAAAAGAGUCUAUGAAACAGAUCUUCAGAAAAACUUUAACGACUUAAUAGCUAAUUUAUUAAAUGCAUAUGAUGAUUCUACAUUAUUACAAUAUAAAAAUACAGUUGGUUCGUCUUAUUUAGAAUCAAAAUAUUCUCCUGAUUGUACAUUUAUUUUUAAAAAUAUCGAUGUUAGUAAUGAAUGUUUACAAGAUUUUGUUGUUUGUCUUGGUGAAUUAAAAUGUCCGGAUCAGUCUAUGACAGAGACAAAAUGCAUUGGUCAAUUAUUACAAUAUUUACGUAUAUUAUUAAGAAAACAAGCCCGUCCAAAAAUCUAUGGUUUUCUGUUAAAUUCUAAAGAUAUAAAAUUUUAUUAUGUUGAACGAAGACAAAAUUCUAGUGACUAUAAUUAUUAUCAAAGUAAAAGUUUCCAAAUAUAUGAUUCUUCAUUUGAAAAAUUGCCAAUUAAUAAUAGACAAAAAAUAACAACAAAUGAAAAAUCAAAAAAAAAAUUUCAUUAUUGUGAAGAUACAUGGAAAAUAUUUACAAAAUUUUUAAUAAUGAAUAUGAAUUUUUAUCGAUAUGAAACAUUAAAUAUAGAUCCAUGUGAUAAUCAAUUAAAUAAAUAUUUGAUUACAAAUAGAUUAGGAUAUGGGUUAACAUCAAAAGUAUAUUUAUUAAAUGAUAAAGAAAAUAAUAAUGAAAAUCAACAAACAAAUAAUAAUAAUAAAAGAAAACAAGAAAAUAAUACUAAUGACAUAAAAAGUCGUGUAAUAAAAAUUUCAAAAAACAAUGGAUAUUCAUCAGAAUUUUUAAAUGAAUUAAUGAUAACAAAAAAAUUAAAAGAAAAAGAUAUACAUAAGUUUGAAUCAUUUUUUCAAGAAAUUAUAUAUUCGUCACCAACAGGUAAUUAUUUGAUAUUUAAUAAUGAAUUACAAAAAUUAGCAUCAUUAUCAUUAACUCAAUCGGAAAAUCUUAUUGAUAUAAUUGAAUAUUUAUAUGAUUCUAAUAUUAUUCAUCGAGAUAUACGUCCAAAUAAUUUAAUGUCGGAUAAAUCUGGUCAAUAUAUAAAAUUAAUUGAUUUUGGAUUUGCUUUUACAUUGGAUAUUAAUGAUAAAUCAAAAGAAUUACCAAUAGCAGGUACAAUAACAUAUGCUAGUUAUGAAUUUUUAAAUUUUUGUUCAAAAAUCGAACAUAAUACAUUUUGGUCUCCAUCUUAUCGUUAUGAUAAAACAUUUGAUUUAAAAUGUGUAUUAACUAUUAUUAUCUAUAUGAUUAAUGAGAAUGUUCAAGCUAAAUUAAAUUCAAUUGAAGAAUUAUUAUCUACUAAAGAAAAGAUACCAAGAUUAUUAGAAUUAUGGGAAAAUGUUAAAAAUAAAAAUACAAAAUAUUCAAAGUUAUUAAAUACAAUAAAUAAAUUAACUAAAUCAUCAGAUUUUCAGACAUUAAAAGAUCAAUUAAAAGAACUUUAUAACAAAAAAAUUCAAUAA